UCUUCCUCUCUGUAUUUAACCCAUUCCCCCCAUUUCAUUCCUUUAUCAAAUCUCUAUCACCUAUCUUAAAUGUUUCCAGUACCAUGGCUGCUGAGCUCGGCCUUCUCUCAUUGAACCACCGUAAAAACUUAGCUCAAUUCCAACAAAAUCAUCUUCUUCUUCACCAUAACUCUAUUUCCACUGCUGGCUCGUGGAUGUGGAACCCUAACGCUCAAUCCCAUGAACCGGUUGAUGAUUCAUGGGAAGUCAGGGCCUUCGCCGAGGACACCGGGAACGCCAUGGGCACAACUUGGCCGCCUAGGUCUUAUACUUGCACUUUUUGCCUACGGGAAUUCAGGUCAGCUCAAGCACUUGGUGGUCACAUGAACGUGCACCGCCGUGAUAGGGCUCGGCUCCACCAAAUACAGCCACCUGUUGGUGGUGGUGGUGGUGGUGUUACCGUUCCGUUAAUCAACCAAGCCUCACCAUCUUCAACUACUCAAGAAUUCGCCACAAAUAAUGGCUUGUGCCUCCUAUACCAAUUACCUAGCCCUAAUGGGGUUUUCGCUUAUCCACCUGUUAAUACUGCAUGUUCCUUUGAUUCACCUUCGACCCUUCUCUCCAUUUCACCAUAUCAUCCUUCUAAUAGCUCGACGGUGGCGCCACCGUCGAAAAAUUUUCCAGCGACAUCUCUGGGGUGGAAUAGUUCUUCUCUUAGUUACUCAAUAAAACCCGAAUCUUCAACCACUUCUACCGGUAUUAAUCUCAAGGAAACAUCAAUUGAAGAUCUUGAUCUAGAGCUCCGACUAGGGCAUAGUCCAACCAACAUCUUGAAGGAAAACAAAAAGGUAAAAUAACAAAAUCAAAGAGCUUGAGUGUGCAAUUUCCAUCUUUACAUAUUUGCCAGUUUGAGAUAGUUUAGUUUUUUAUUAACUUGGUGUGAGAUUUUUUUCAUCAAUGCUUGAUUUACUUAUAUGUGUGAAAGUUGAAGAAAAGAAACAGCAAAUGCUGCAAGUCCAAAGAAGAAGAAGGAUAUUAUUAUUUUUAUUGUUGUUGUUGUAAGAAGAGGAAGAAAAAAGGAAAAGGAGAUUAGGGUUUGGGUGAAAGAGUUGGAAAAGUUGCAGUGCAGUGUCAUUAUCUGGGUUACAGGUUUUUCUGAAUAGAUCCAGUUCCUCUCUCUCUAGGCUUGAU